UCGAUUUGGGAAUUAAUUUGGCCUUUCCUUCUCUUCUCCUCCUUAUCACUCUCUAUCUCGAUUUCAUCUUCUCCCCCUUUCCUUCUCUUCUCUCGCCGGCGCAUACAUCGCCGACUUUCGUUUCCCGCCUGAUCGGGACGUCGUUUCCAUUGCCCACUCAAGUUUCACCAUCCAUCUCUCUCUCACUCAAAUUUUCCGAUUCCGGAUCAACCAAAUCGAGGAAAUCUUAUCCAUUGCCGUGAAAGCGACGGCGUGCCUUCUCCAGGUCAGCCGUUUCUGCCUCGUGUUGCCAGGCAUUGCUGACUACCUCGAAACCGAGGAGGAAUGGGUAUUAAUUAUAUCUCUCCAACUGUCAACCGCCACAAUUGUUUACCAGCGGCGAUGGAUCUCCGCCUCCUUAAUCCAUGCAAACUUCGUCUCUCCUGUUGCACAGUGACUUCAUGCUCUAAGCAUACCUCGGAUUCCGACAUCAAUUCUCCGCUGCAGAACCUCCAAAUUCGUAAGCUUUCGAAGAAGGAACUUUCACGAGUCUUGAGGAAGGAAUCCGCCAUUCAGUCCGUCGAGAGAAAAGCAAACUCUUCGAAGUAUAACAAUCUUUGGCCCAAGUCUGUUUUGGAAGCUUUAAAUGAUGCAAUUAAGCAAAACCGCUGGGAGUCUGCCCUUAAGAUAUUUAAUCUUCUACGUCGGCAACAGUGGUAUGAGGCACGGUGUCAGACAUAUACAAAGCUAUUAGUGAUGCUUGGUAAAUGCAAGCAGCCAAAUCAGGCUUUCUUGCUUUUCGAGACGAUGCUGUCUGAUGGCCUAAAGCCUACCGUUGAUGUGUACACUGCCCUGGUGAGUGCCUAUGCCCUCAAUGGCCUCUUAGACAAGGCAUUUUGUGUUAUUGAUGAGAUGAAAUCGGUCCGUGAUUGCAAACCGGAUGCUUUCACUUACUCUACUCUCAUCAAAAGCUGCAUUAAGCUUCACCAUUUUGAUUUAAUUGAGCUUAUUCUGAAGGAAAUGGUGCAUUCAGGAAUUAAAUGUACUGUUGUGACCUAUAAUAUCCUUAUCGACGGAUAUGGAAAAGCUAAACAUUUUGAACUAAUGGAGAGCUCAUUGACUAAUAUGAUUCAUAGUGGAGAUUGUCUUCCAGAUAUUUUUACGUUCAAUUCUGUAAUUGGGGCUUACGGUGGAUGUGGAAGGAUCAAGGAAAUGGAGCAUUGGUUUGACGAAUUUCAGCUGAUGGGAUUAAAGCCUGACAUAGUGACAUAUAACAUCUUGAUAAAGUCCUACGGUAAUUCUGGUUUAUACCCGAAGAUGGCAUCUGUGUUAGAUUUUAUGGAGAAGAGAUUCUUUUCUCCUACAAUAGUAACCUAUAACAUAACAAUUGAUACAUUUGGAAAGGCUGGAAAUAUAAAGAAGAUGGAAGAAAUUUUUCUGAAGAUGAAACAUCAAGGUCUGAAACCUAAUUCAGUUACAUACAGUUCUCUUGUCAGUGCGUACUGUAAAGCAGGGCUUUUGGGAAAGAUUGAGUCUAUUAUAAAGCAAGUAGUGAAUUCGGAUGUUGUACUGGAUACGACAUUCUUCAACUGUAUCAUCCAUGCUUACGGAAAUGCUGGUGAUAUCGAAAGUAUGAUGCAGUUUUUCGAUGCAAUGGAGGCGAAUGGCUGCAAACCUGAUAAUAUAACAUUCAGUACAAUCAUCCAGGCCUGUCGCUCACAAGGAAUGAUUGAUACUGCUCAGAAAUGAUUCGUGGUGAUUCAUAAUUCAGGAAGGAAACAGAUUCAUCGGAACUGAAAAACGUCCAUGAAGGAUAAAUAUCCUGCUAUUAUCGUGACUACAAGAAAGAAGUUCGGUUAGCUCCAUCACAUGUUUCUUCAGGUUAGUGCAACGUCCUUUUUGUGCACUUGUUUCCUUUGGCUUAUCUAUUAAAUUCCAAAUUGAUGCACCUAUUGGCUGUAUGGUAAUGAGUUUCUUCCCAUGAAAAAGGAUUUAAGGCAACUCAGAAAAGGCUGUAAUGAGAGAAAUUGAUAGGUGGAAUGAAUUGUUGGAAAAUUUAGACAUUUAGAAGUGAGAUGUAAUAUUGCAAAUAGUGUGCUUUUAUUCCAUAUAUGUUGUAACUCUAAUACUCAGCUGUUUUCUAUACUUGCAAGGAUUCUGGUGCACACAAUGAGUUAAUAGGAGAUUAUGAGUGGAUUCUGGUGAAGAGGAAAUUGGAAUCUAGUUGAUGAAGAUGUGUUAGAAAAGGUUAAAUGUAUUUUUUAAUUUAUUAAUGUUAUUUCACUCCAGCAAAUUUUGUAUUGUGAUUUUUUUUUCAACCGUGUAAAAUGACCAUGAAUGUAUAGUUUAGUUCUAUAAUGAUAUUUAAUGGAUUUAGUGUAAUCAUAUUACACUUUUUGUGUAA